UUUCGCUCCGAUAUCUUUACCUAGUUGACCUAUUUCGAUCUGGUACUUCAAAUCAAAUCUUACUUCUCUUGUGUAAAAUCUAUAGAAAUAAGCUUUUCAUUACUACUCUUAACUAUUCUUAUUGUAAAUAUGGAAGCAAUAGACGCUAACGAAUACUUAAUACAAUUCUUAGGAAGUAUUGAUAAUCUUCCUUCAGAAAUACAUUAUCACUUCUCUGAACUAACAAAUAAGGACCAAGAAAUUGAACAAUUGACAGAAAGAAUCGACCGUCGUAAGAGGCGUUUGUGGAAUUUGUAUGAUGGUCUUCCUAUAGAUGAAGACAGUGAUUGUUCUGUCGUUGAAAGUGUUUAUGAAGAUGAUGAAGAAGAUGAGGAUUCUAAUAGUGAUGAUGAUCGUUACAACGAAGAUCAAGAUGGAGAACAAAUUAUUAAGAAAAAGCGACGUCGAGUAACACGUGUUGUUACAGAAUUUGAAGAUGAAGAAAUGCUUAAAGAUAAAAUAAUUAAAGAUUAUGUGAGAGCUUCGCAAUUGCAAGAUGAGAAGAUUGAACUUGCCAACAGGGCCUUGGCACUGGUCGAUAGACAUAUUAAACGCCUCGAUGAAGAUUUUGAUAGCUUGUUUCCACAGCACAAUCUUCGCGAUUCAUCGACGUCAACCCCUGCAAGCCCUGGCAGAGUCGAUUCUUCGACUUUUUCCGCAUCUCAAACAAUAGCUCAGUCAAGUACUUCUGCUUCAACACAUGCGACCGCUCGAAAUGCGGCAUACUCAUCAGUAUCAGCUACAUCAUCUAGUUUUCCAUCCGCGACAUACGAUUAUAAUAAAGGACUAUAUUCAAGUGCUGACUCUGAUGAAGGACAAAUUUCGUUGCCAAUGCUUCCCAACCCGUCGAGCUCCUUAACUCGAUCAAAUAAAGCUUUAACAAGCGGCGCAAAUAACGGAAGGCGUCGAAAACAGAAUAAUAUUCAGGGCAGCACUACUUCAUACGCAACGAAUAUCGAAACUGUGGUUAACAAUAGAAAUAUUAAAUUACGAGGACCUAAUGAAGAUCUCGUAUCCUCGUCGAUUACAGAUUCAAGUGGCAUUAAUGGUACCAACCUUUUGGAUCAAGAUGACUCAGCAGCGGCGUAUGAUAAUUCGCUAGUUUCUGAAGGUAACACUUUCUUGUCCAACUAUAUACCGGCAGUGGAUCCAAACGAACCGGUGUAUUGCUUCUGCCGUCAAGUGAGUUUUGGGGAAAUGAUAGGUUGCGACGGAGAGAAUUGUCCCUUCGAAUGGUAUCAUAUCGAUUGCGUUGGGCUCUCCGCUGUUCCAGAAGGCAGAUGGUAUUGUGACCAUUGUACUGGUAUGUCCAGCCAGAAGAAAAGGAAGAGGGGGCGUCCUGCAGCAGGAACAGUAUCGUAAAGAUUAGAUCUGGUUUCCUUGAUCCUCUCCUGAAUGCGCCUUAUACAUUUUAUUUAUCCGAUUUUAUAUUUCCUUCCUUUAAUUUUGAGAAAAAAUAAAUCUGAGAAAUCACACUCAGUAAUAGCUAAUCAUUACCCACCCCACCAAGACCUCCUACAACAUUCGACAAAAAUCUUCUCCAAAUAAAGAGAAGUUAAAUUAAGUCGUCGAAAUUGUAAUCUCGACGAUAUCUAUCAGAGACAUUGAUUAAACCGUUUUAGGAACAGAUUUAUGAUAAUAAUUUCAAAUUAAUCCCAAAUUAGCAAAAAUUAUUUACAUAAUAUGUAACAUUUAAUAUCAUUUAUAAUAUUCGUUUCCUGUUUGGCAUGUCACGUUACUGCUUAAUACCGAAGAAUUAAAUAUUUCGAAUGGUUUUUACAAAA